ACUACCCUUUUUGGACAACAACAACAGCCUGCUACUGGAGGUAUUUUUAACACUUCUUCCACAUUUGGUCAACAAAAUAAACCAGCAGCAUUUGGUUUUGGAACUCAACCUGCACAACCAGCUCUAUUUGGUCAACAAGCAGCUCAACCACAAACAUCUGGCAUGUUUCAACGUUCAACAGAAUUUGGAACAACUACUGCAUCUACACCAAACCUCUUUGAAUCAGGCCAAUUAUUUGGCAAACCUGCAAGUGGAUUUGGAAGCCCUUCAACUUCUGCAUUUGAACAACCUGCAACCACUUCACUUUUUCCAUCAAGUCAAGCCCAACCAAAUAACUUAUUUCAUAAUGCAGGUACUGGUUUUGGAACACCUGCUUCCACACCUUCUACAGGAUUUGGAACUACUACCCUUUUUGGACAACACCAACAGCCUGCUGCUGGAGGUCUUUUUAACACUUCUUCCACAUUUGGUCAACAGAAUAAACCAGCAACAUUUGGUUUUGGAACUCAACCUGCACAACCAACUCUAUUUAGUCAACAAGCAACUCAACCACAAACAUCUGGCAUGUUUCAACGUUCAACAGGAUUUGGAACAACUACUGCAGCUGCACCAAACCCCUUUGGAACAGGCCAAUUAUUUGGUAAGCCUGCAGGUGGAUUUGGAAGCCCUUCAACAUCUGCAUUUGGACAACCUGCAACCACUUCACUUUUUCCAUCAAGUCAAGCCCAACCAAAUAACUUAUUUCAAAAUGCAGGUACUGGUUUUGGAACACCUGCUUCCACACCUUCUACAGGAUUUGGAACUACUACCCUUUUUGGACAACAACAACAGCCUGCUGCUGGAGGUCUUUUUAAUACUUCUUCCACAUUUGGUCAACAAAACAAACCAGCAGCAUUUGGUUUUGGAGCUCAACCUGCACAACCAACUCUAUUUGGCCAACAAGCGGCUCAACCACAAACAUCUGGCAUGUUUCAGCCUUCAACAAGUAAUUUAUUUGGCACAACUUCUGCAUUUGGACAGCAAUCUACAGGAACUGGAGGUGUGAAAUUCAAUGCUGUAACAGGAACUGAUACAAUGCUAAAAAAUGGUGUUUCCAACAGUAUUAACACUAAACUUCACAGUAUAACUUGUAUGAAGGAUUAUGAGAGUAAAUCUUUUGAGGAAUUGAGAUACGAAGAUUAUGCCGCGAACAGAAAAGGACCUCAACAACAAAGUGGCUUUGGUGCAACACCAUUUGGAAAUCAAGUGUCGUCCGCCGCCCCCUCACUUUUUGGACAACCUGAUGCUUCUAAGCCAGCAUUUACUGGAUUUGGUCAGAGCACAUCAACAUUUGGACAAAAUACUGGAUUUGGAAUGCCAAAUCAGCAACAACAAACUGGAGGACUUUUUGGAAAACCGGCAACAGGAUUUGCAACCCCUACAAGUACAUCAUCCCUGAAUUUUGGAUUCGGAAGCAAUACACAAACCAACAACCCAUUUGGAGCAGCACAACAACCAAAAGCGUUUGGUAGUGUAACACCAUCUAUUUUUGGUACAAACACAGCGACUACCCAGCAAUCUGGAUUUAAUACUGGAGGAGGUCUUUUUGGUCAAACAAAUACACAGAAUACAGCUGGAUCAAUUUUUGGAAAACCGGCUCAGCCUACUGUAGGAUUUGGAACUGCACCAAAUGCCAAUUUCUCAUUUUCUACACCUGCCGCUUCAACACAGGCGUCUAGUCUGUUUCAACCAAAUAAACCAAUUUUCGGACAAACGUCGACUACACCUGCUUUCGGACAAGCCACCAAUACUUUUGGUACAAACACAUUCGGCUCCACCCUUGGUAAACCGGCAGCGCCUGCUUUUGGUACUACUCCAACUCCGGCAUUUGGUAACACACUUGGUACAGGAUUACAACCUCAAGCUGCCCCACUUUUUGGAAACAAUGCUGUCAAACCAGGAGGAUUUUUCAACAAUACUGGCACAACAGGAUUGGGCACUUUUCAGAGUAAUACUUUCCCAACAAAUACUGGAUUUAAUCUCCAGCCACAAGCUGCUCAGCAGUCGUUGUUUCCUUCCGCUGAACAACAAACCGCUACAAACCUUGCCUUAUUGACAGCAGAUCCCUUUGGAGAUGCUCCUCAUCUCGCUGGUUUGGAGCCAAAAUUAAAGAGCAGUCCUGCCGCAAUAUCAGCCACCGACCCAAAAGAAUUGAAGUCCUUAUUGGAUGCUUCCAACAAAGUCACUACUUCUACAGGUUCCAAAUUGAGAGUUGUGCCUAUUAGAAGUAUCAAGGAUAGUCUCUUUGACUUGGCAUCUCCUCCUGUUCCAGAAGACAGCAAGGAUUAUAUUAAAACAAACUGCAGAAAACUAGUAUUGAAGAGUCGACCAAGCAGUGGUGAAAGUAACUCUCCCGCUGUUCAAAGGAUGGAUAUAUUGAAACACCUUGAAUCGCCUGAUACGCCGAUAAACGAUGAAAACGUAAACAUUCAAAAUAUAAGAUAUAGUACUACUUUACAAAAUGAGAUAAGACCUCAUGUUAAACUUAACUUUGAAAAUACAAUAAAUAACGACUCUAGUCUGCCAAUAGGAUCACCAACUUUCAUUUUAGAUAAUUCUGUUAGAAAUAGUUCACAUGAAAAUAUACAAAAGAAUAAUCGAGUAUCAGUAGAAGUCGACAUUGAACCGACUGAAUCUGGGGGUUCUGGAGAUUGUGUAAAAAGCUACCCUUGUAAUAUAGUUUGUACUAGACCGGAAUAUUAUACCUUACCACCUCCAGAAGAGCUGAUGAAGUAUGUUGAUGAAGAUGGACGAUGCAUAGUAAAAGGUUUCACAAUUGGGAGGAAAGGAUAUGGAAAUGUUUAUUUUCCGGAAGAAAUGGAUGUGUCUGGGCUAAAUUUAGAUGAGUUUGUUCAUUUUAGGUACAGAGAGAUUAAUAUUUACCCAGACGAUGACAAAAAGCCACCUAUAGGACAGGGUCUAAAUCGAAAAGCUCAAGUAACUUUAGACAAUGUCUAUCCAAAAAGACCAGGUAGCAACACGCUGGUUAAAGAUAUCAAUGAACUUCAACUCAUGAACUUUUCUGAAAAACUUCGUAAGGUAACAGAAAACAAAGAUGCGAAAUUUGUCGAUUACCGGCCAGAAACUGGAUCGUGGGUUUUCAAAGUAGACCACUUUUCUCGAUAUGGUUAUGAUGAAAGCGAUGAUGAAGCUGCACCAUUAAAUAAAGAAGCAGCUGAAAAGAAAGCAGCAGAAAAAGCUGCCAAAGUUGUCACUGUUCCUAAACCUGUGGAGAAACAAGUUGAAAAAGAAGCUGUUGAAAAAACGUCACCAACUAAAUCUCAGGUGCCAAAGUUCGGCCUUGACGAUGAUAUUUUCGUCGAAGAAGGUGCCCAUUUUCAACCAGAGGAUGAUCUCAUAGAAACAGCUAUGUACGUAGACAAUAUUUCGGAAGAAGAUUAUCACGUGAUUCCCACGGAUAUGCCUUUACAUUUAACACACGAUCCGUUUACCUCUUGCAAAAAUAUACAAGUGAUGAAGUCUACUUUAUUCGCUGAGGAUGACCGAUCAUCUGAUGGUGGUGGUAGUCAUAUCUCUAUAAUAAGACAAUAUUUGGAUAUUCCAGAAGAAAUUCGUAGAAUGCCUGUAGUAAGAGAAGAAUGUCCGCCCAAGAAGAGGAUUAUGUUGAGGCCUAAAGUCGAAAAAGUUUACAAUUAUGGCAAAAAAGAGGGUAGCGAUGACCUAAUGGAAAUCAGAAGUUACCAAGACAUGGGCAUAUUUAGGGGAAAAUCAUAUAAAGUAGGAUGGUCAAAAGGUUUUAACUUUUACAAUGUGGUUUCCAAGCCAGAAGGUGGUAUCCAAUUAACUCUCAACGAUAUUAAAUGUGGCUCCAUAAAGAACUUUGAAGCUAUUGAUGAAAUUUUAGGUAAAUCUUUGGAAAUCGUUCUGGAAGAAAGCAGCUAUGAAUUAGACAGUAAUAACGUACCAACAUUUACGAUUACAAAAAAUGCUAGAUAUUUAAAAAAGCAGUCCAACUUAUUUUCAACUUUAUUAGAAAGACAUAACACUAAAGAAGCUAGAUAUUUACAUAGUAUAUGGACUUUGGCGGAUUCGCUUUGGGGACCCAGUGAAAAUACAGUUUCUAACAGAAGAUAUCUUCUUAGUGAAUGGUUAAGAAUGAACACAAAUUAUGAUGAACCUAGUCAAGAACCAGCUCAGGAGAUCUUCAAUAACCUUUCCGUAUUCAAAAUAAACGAAGCAGCAAAUUUGGCUAUAGACAAAAGACUUCCAAAUUUGUCAUUGAUACUGUCUCAAUUGAGUUUAACUAACAGAACAAAAAUGUUCCUUCAAGAACAGAUAGAAAGUUGGUAUCAAUCCAUGAGCUCUAAUCACAUCAGCGAAGAUAUGAAAAGAAUAUAUCUACUCCUUUCUGGAAUUCCUGUCAAAGAUGAAGUAAAUAUUUUCGAGAAUAUUGAUUGGAAACGAGCCUUUGGAAUGCACAUGUGGUAUGUUUCUCCAUCUGGAGCUCCAAUUGAAAUGGUGAUAGAGUUAUAUAAAAAAGCAUUCGAGGAGUACAAUUAUGCAGAAUUGCCAAAUCCACCUUACGAAUCUACUUACGCUGAAGAAAAUUCCUUUGAUCUAUUAUAUCACAUAUUGGUACUGUAUCAAUCAAGAGCACAUCGUUUGAGUACUGUUUUGAAUUCAGCAACUCAUACAGAUAAUCACCUAGAUUACUGGUUAAGUUGGUUACUGCUUCAGCUGUUCCUCUCCUUAGAUGUAGGCAUCAUGGACGACGCCGAAAAAAACAAACUCUGCAGCAGUUUCUCUAACCAGUUGGAAUCCCUAGGGGAAUGGGAAUGGUCAAUAUUAGUGUUACUACAUCUCAAAGACAACGCAUUGAAAAAAACGCUGGUAAUGCAAAUUUUAGAUAGGAAUCUUUCUCCAGACGUCGACAAAGAAGGAAUCAAAUCAGAAAAUAAUUUAGUUAAUAACAUGCAGAUACCACCAGAGUGGAUCCAUCGUGUGAAAGGAGAAAAAACAUUGUUGAGUCAAAGAUAUUUUGAAGCAUUCAAUCAUUUUGCCUAUGCCAAAGAUUACUGUAAAGCAAAUGACAUUCUUGUGGAACAUUUGCUCCCUUCGUUGUUCAUUAACGAACAAUACGACAUUAUCAAACUCUUGAUUAGAGAGAUCGAAGACGGAUCAGCAGAUAUAGAACACUGGAAUAGUGAAGCUGGUCUCUUUAAAGAUUUUAUGGAACUUCAAGAAAGGUAUGUUUCUGCCAGCGAUAAUCUGAAACUACAGAUGAAUUUACAGGACAUCAGCAACAGAAUAUCCAGUUUUGUACCUAGAACGAAUCAGCAAAAGCUAUGUAUUGCUGAAAUGUCGAAAAGGUGUGCUUCAGUGUAUAAAGAAUUUUGUAAGAAAUCUCAAUCGAGUCUGUUUAGAAAUUCCUAUCUAGAAUUUAUAGAAAGUUUGAAUAUGCCGCCAGAAUUUAAACAGAAUGAGGCUUUAUAUUCAAUUAACGAAAUAGGGGCUAAGUGUUAAUUUUAAUUUUGUUGGUGUGUUGAAGCAAAAAAACGAUUUUUUUUAAAUUUUUUUAUGAAAAGAGUGAAUAGCCAAUAGUGCCAUACAUUUCAUACUACCGCAGAACUUGCAAUAAAUGUUUUAAAAUGUGAAAAUUAAAUGAAUAUACUUAUAUUUUGAAAACUAUGGAUCAUUAUCUCCAAUUAUUAUCUUAUUUUAUUAAAUUAUAAUCUUUUUAUAAUGUCAGCCUAAAAGUUUUGUAUAUUAUUGUAGGAUUCGUUAAAGACAAUAGUAAUAAAAGUCCGUGUAAUGUUUAA